AUGGAAACUGCUAUCAGCAGUGAUGCUAAAAGCCAUGUAACCACCGAGCCUGGCGCACUUGCAGCUCAAUCAAGUUCAAAGCCGUUGAUCGGCGCCAGCCUGCACGCGAUCAACCUCAGUGCUCCACAGAGCCUGGAAAUCAAACAAGUUGGUUUCAUUGCCGUCCUGUUCAGCCUGUUUUGCUUUUGA